UCAGACCGAGCGGACCGCGAAGCCCGAGCUCAUUCAGAGAAGCCGCAGCUCGGCCCGCCGCCGGAUUCGCACCCGGACCCAACGGGGGCACGGGCCGCCACCUCCCAGCCGGGCUGCGCCCCCCGCUCCAUGGCCCAGCCGCGCCCCUGAACCCCGCAGCCCCCCCCACCACCCGGCCCCAGCUGAGCGCCCACAGACGUCUACAACGCCGCCCCGCAUCCCAGAGCCCAGCGCCAGGAUGGACAUGUUCAUGAAGGGGUUAAACAUGGCCAAAGAAGGCGUAGUGGCCGCCGCCGAGAAAACCAAGCAGGGAGUCACGGAGGCCGCGGAGAAGACCAAGGAGGGCGUCCUCUACGUCGGCAACAGAACCAGAGAAGGAGUGGUUCAAAGUGUCGCCUCAGUGGCGGAGAAGACCAAGGAGCAAGCAUCGCAGUUAGGAGGUGCUGUGUUCUCGGGGGCCGGUAACAUUGCCGCCGCCACGGGGCUGAUGAAGAAGGAGGACCUCCCCGCCGACGUCAAGCCGGAAGAAGUGGGCCAGGAAGCUGGCGAGGAGCCCCUGAUCGAACCUCUGCUAGAGCCUGAAGGCGAGAGCUAUGAAGACCCCACUCAGGAGGAGUACCAGGAGUACGAGCCAGAGGCCUAACGGGCCACCUCCCCCGGCCUCCCGGCCCCUCCACCAGCAGCACAAUAACAAUAAAGACGCCCUGCCCCACUCCCCCCACCCGCCCAGCCCACCCCCUGCCCAGAGCUGGGACCACUGCCUUCCCUUCUCCCCGCACCCUUUCAAACAAGGCCUUUCCCUGUCCCCCUCCCCCCACUCCUGCCCCUCCAAACACAUUCUCUCCCCACUCCUCCAAACAAGGCCUU